AUGCUCAACGAAUUUAACGAAACAGGGAAGAGAAUAGGACUGCGAAUAAACAGAAAAAAGACACAGUUCAUCAACAACGCCUACUGCGAGGACGGAGGAGUACAAUUUGAAGGCUCCCAAAUCGUGGAAACUUUGUCAUACGUAUACCUCGGGCGUUCUAUGAACAUGGAAAACGACUUGAAAGUAGAACUGAAUAGAAGCAUGAGAGCAGCAUGCGCAGCAUUCGCAGCCGUCAGGGAAGCUACGGACCAACUGACGGACCAAGAUCUUCGUGCCCAUCUGUUCGACUCGACAGUUCUUCCAGCGCUCUGUUACGCAGCGGGGACAGCCCUUGAGAGAUGUCUUCUGAAGUUUAACCGACGCACACAACACCUAGCCGGUCUUCGCAGCUCUGACUCAAGAGGAAUGUCCCGUCUUCGCGACCCAGCGGAAUAUGUAUGGAAAGCAAAACAUAGAUGGGCCGGUCACAUCAUGAGAAGAAUCGACGAUAGAUGGACUAAAAGAACGCUAGAGUGGAUCCCAAGGGACGCUAAGUGCCCCCGAGGGAGACCGCCAACGAGAUGGGGUGACGUGUUCGCUACACGGAUGGACCAGCUGAGAGCUCAGCUGGAUAAGGCUCAAGGACCUCGUCAACGUCGGUCACGAAGCUUGAGAACAUCUUAG